AUGGAAUUCGAACGUAAAAGAGAAUUAGAGGAAAAAAAGCAAAAGCUUCUUAGACUUAAACAACAGAAAGAAGAGCGCAAACUCAAUAGUCAAAGCACAUUUAUAAGUGAGCCUGCGGAACGCAAGAUCAAUGAAUUUGCUAAAAAAUUGCUAGAAGAGAAUGAUAAGCCCACAGUACGUACAUCACGUACUGGAACACUAUCAAGUCAGGAAGAUCUUGGUAUAAUUACCAAUAAAGACAAAACCGAGAAGGGUAAAAGUGCUACGCUUUAUUCAAAUAAUUAUUCGUCUCCGGGCGCCUCGGUCCCUCCAAGCCCAACUUUUAUUCCACCCCCUCGUUUUAUGCCUGAGCUGAGCUCGGCUCAAGGGGUAUCAGUAGACAUUGCCGCAAGGGAUAUCUCAUUAAACGAAGGGGGAGUACAAACUGAAGAAACUUCCUUUGGACCUUUACCACUUUCAGAAGAGGAAAUUAGAGAAAAUAUCUUGAAAGAAAUAAAAAAUGAAAAGGCUAAAAAAGCUGCCGAGGAAGCCGAACGAUUGAAAGUAGAGGCUGAAAAAAAAAAAAAAAAAGAUUUAUCGGAAGAAGACAAAGAAGCAUUAAUAAAUUCAUCAAAAUUUGCUAAUUUCUUUGACAAUUCCACCGAGCUCAUUGAAGAUAUUCUGAGUGAACGUUUUGACAUUAUGAUAGAUUAUAGUGUUAUUGAAGAUGUAGAAAGUAAUGAAGAAACAGGAAAUCAUGUUAAAUGUAUGCAUUCAUUUUUCGAUGACCGUUGGAGCAAAAAUCGGUCUGUUACUGAUGUUAAUUUUUCGAACAAGAAUCCUGAACUUGUUGUUGCUUCAUAUAAUAAAAAUUCAUCUGCAAAAUAUGAACCGGAUGGUAUCGUUUUAAUAUGGAAUUUACGUCAUCCUGAGAAGCCAAAUCACGUUCUUCAUUCUCAAUCGGAUGUGCUCACGACCACUUUCUCCGAUUUUAGACCGGAGCUUGUUAUUGGUGGUACUUAUUCUGGACAUAUAAUGCUUUGGGAUACAAGAGCCAAAUCUUCUCCUGUUCACAAAACAUCUUUCUCUGUGAUUGGUCAUACUCAUCCUAUCUAUUCGAUGCAAAUUGUUGGUACUGAAAAUGAUCAUAAUCUAAUCACUGCAAGCACUGAUGGUGUCAUAUGUUCUUGGCAUUUAGAUAUGUUGGCACAACCAGUGGAUCGUUUGGAAUUAAUACAUUCUGAACAUAGUAAAACUGAUGAAGUUUCAGUUACUGCGUUUGGGUUCCCAUCUGAUGAGACUACAGCUUUUUGGGUCGGAACGGAAGAGGGUAAUAUAUAUCAAGCUAAUCGACGUGGACGUCCUGGAGGCAAAGCUGGAAUCAACCAGUAUGACUUUUAUAAAGGUCAUUGGGGUCCGGUCACUGGUCUUCAUUUUCACCCUAAUAACAAUGAUACAGAUGAAUUUUCAGAUUUGUUCUUGACUUCAUCUGUAGACUGGACCAUUAAGUUAUGGAGAGCCAAAUCAUUUUUAAAACAGCCAACAUCUCUGCAAAUUAUUACACCAUUACAUUCAUUUGAUUGUGCAGAUGACUAUGUUUAUGAUGUUAAAUGGUCACCUCGUCAUCCAGCACAAUUUGCUUCUGUCGAUGGUACAGGAAAAUUUUCUUUAUGGAACAUGAAUAUGGAUGUUGAGGUGCCUAUUGUUAGUACUCAGGUCGGUGAAAGCAAAGCAUUAAAUAAGGUUCAAUGGGAUAAAGAAGAAGAUGAAAAUAAUCUUUUACAAAAAACGAUUUCGGAACUAAGUGAUGUUAAUAUCAAUGAUAGUUUAGAUACUCUUAAUCCAAGAUUAUUUUUUGCAAAAUAA